AUGACAAGAGACAAAGACAAGAACUACAAGAGAAACAAUGCAGAACUGAAUGAAACCCUUUCUUUAGAGUCUUUGAUUCAAAGCGGUUGGGAGAGUUCGAUGCAUAAAUCCUCAAAGACACACCAAUCAUGCUCUCCUAUUCCACCGUUACCAGUCGGUGUUACGGCCCAAAUAAAUACCUUGAUUGAUCAAUUCUAUAUUCCAAAUGCUCAUUCUCGAAAUACAACUCAACAACCUCUAAACCCAACCAAUACUUUUAUGUUUAUCAAUCAUAAAACCAACAUUAACAAUCAUAUCAACAUUGACAAUCAUAUCGACAAUCAUAUCAACAAUAACAUUAACAUUAAGGAAUUAAAUACAAAAAAUCAUAUCGACAAUCAUAUCAACAAUACCAUUAACAUUAACAUUAAGAAAUUAAAUCAUAGAAACACUAAUAAUAAUAAUAAUAAUAAUAAUAAUCCUAUUGUUGAACAAAAUAAUAAUACCUCUCCUCCAAUAAUUCCUUCUUCAACAUCACCCAAAGGUGAAAAGGAUUUGGUUAAUACUAGUACUGGUAUUAUUACCAAUACUAGUACUGGUAUUUCCAAUUCUAGUACUAUUACCAAUACUAGUACUAGUAUUACCAAUACUAAGAGUACUAUUUCCAAUUCCAAUUCUACUAGUAAUGUAAAUAAUAAUUCUUGCAAGAGUCACAUAGAUCGUAAUAACAAUAUACUAAGUAUAGUUAAUUAUAACACAUCGGAACCAACAGAAGAGAUUUAUGGUGAUGAUGACCCCAUAAAUAAUAUGCCAAUCCAUUACUCACAAAGAACAUGUAAUCAUUUGUGUCUAACAUGCUACCAAGAAAAUGGAAAUAAUUCAUCAAACACAACAUCCAAACCAUUAUUUCGUGUCAUCUCAGAGGAAACCUACCAAACAAUGUUAAAGAAUAACGAAAUACUCAAGAAAAGAAAUACCAAUUGA